AUCUGUGAGCCACUUGACAGUGAGCAAUGCCAGAUGAAGCCAAUGCCGCCCACGGCAGGAGGGGCGUACAAAUAUCAAAAGGACUGGAUAGCUGACGCCUGCAAGAGCGACGAGCUUGUCUGUGAACAGCUCAAGACGACAGCCGACGUCCGCAAGAUGGAGCUGCGCAUCCCACCACCAAAGUCCCUGCCAAAGAAACCACCUACAUGUGCGCCUACUUCGACUUCGAGAACGUGACUCGAGACUUCCAUCUCAUCGCCAAUACCCCGAUCAUCAACAACAGCUACGUCAUGCACCACAUGCUGCUGUUCGGGUGUCCUGAUAAUUCGCAACACAGCAGCCGUGCAGCCAGAGAACCGUUCGAGUGCAACAUGGGAGGGUGCAAUGACAUCAUCGGCGCUUGGACAGUGGGACUCAACGGGAAAUGCCUGUCUCCUCAGGCGGGUUACAAAGUUGGUGCAACUGGCUACAAGAGGAUGAUGCUACAGUACCACUGGAACAAUCCUUUUGUGCGGUCUGACUUCGUGGACAGUUCUGGACUCACCCUGUACUACACCCCUAACCUGCGGCCCUACAACCUGGGUACUUUAAUGACUGGGCAAGGUUACCUGCAGAUCCCUCCCUACACUGACGUCACCAUAGCAACGUCCGACUGCACGGCCACGUGCACCAGAACUCUCCUCACGGGCGACAUCUACGUCACUGACGCCAUCAACCACAUGCACUACCUGGGCAAGAGCAUGUACAUAGAACAUCAUCGCCAGAACAAGUUGUUGAAAUACAUCACAGAGGAAUCUGCCUACAGCUACGACAGUCCACUGAUGUUCAAAUUCGAUGAGCCGCUCGUGAUCAAACCUGGGGAUGUGAUCAGGACCACGUGUCACUUCAAAUCAACGGACAAGGCCACCACCACCUUCUGGGGGGAGGGAACUCCUGACGAGAUGUGCUUUGGCUUCCUGUCCUUCUAUCCAGCGGAGAACAUGCCGACUGGGAAGCAGUGCGUGUCGAUGUACAAAACCGUCAUCAACUGCGACCCACAAACACAGAUGGGAUGUGUCCAGGCAGAGAGGACAAAGUUUUCGGCGCAAUAUCUCAACUCGACCAUUGUCUACCAAGACAUCACUAGAGCCUGCAGGCCGUUAGGAGUGUGUACGGACGAAUGCAAGUCUGCGAUCACGGCCGCCAUGUUGAGGGAGCCUUGCAUGAAGCACCAGGACUCCUGGGAGCUCUUGAAGUAUCGUGUCCUCAGUCAGAAUGCCUUGGGACAGACACUCCUGGCCAACAUCCUGCCCUGCCAGGUGGAGCUGUACAAGGACAGUCUGACAGGAGCAGAUCCCCAAAAUCCCAUCUUGUCUGGUGCCGGCAACAUGCAGCUCACCUCUCUGUUACUCGCCCUCACGGCGUCUGUGUCCGGCAUCUGGCUGUGGAACUGAGCAGCAAACUGCCGAGAAACAAAUAAUUAAACGAAAAUAUUAUAAGAGUAGAAAUGUAAACUGCACAAGUCCAUUAAACAAGAAAAUAUCUGA